AUGAGAGGACAUAAAUACGCAUUACUUCAAAUUAUAAUACAAGGAAAAAUAGAAGGAAAACUGAAUCCAGGCCGUAGAAGAAUGUCAUGGUUGCGUAAUUUGAGAGAGUGGUUUGUCAGUAAAUAAACUCUUUAGGUCAGCUAUAAACUAGAUCAAGAUAGCCUUGAUGAUUUCCAAUCUCCGAUAUGAGUGGCACAAGAAUAAGAAGAAGAAAUAGAACCAUUUACAUUAUAACGGUUGAUGA